UCUUCUCCUCCUCCCCGCCGCCGCCGCCGCCUCCUCCUCUUCGCCGCUCCCGCUCCCGCCGCCGCGCCACCGCCGUCAGCCAUGGCACCGAAGAAGGAGAAGGCCCCGGCGGCGUCGUCCAAGCCGGCCAAGUCCGGCGGCGGCAAGCAGAAGAAGAAGAAGUGGAGCAAGGGCAAGCAAAAGGAGAAGGUGAACAACGCGGUGCUGUUCGACCAGGCCACCUACGACAAGCUGCUCACCGAGGUGCCCAAGUACAAGCAGAUCACGCCCUCCGUCCUCUCCGAGCGCCUCAGGGCAUUCAUGCACACUACAAACCCGAUGAUCUCACCCUGCCUGUGUUUAUCCACCUGCAGAUCAACGGGUCUCUGGCACGCAGGGCUAUCAAGGACCUGAUGGAGAGGGGACUCAUCAGGAUGGUGUCAAUCCACUCCAGCCAGCAGAUCUUCACCAGGGCGACAAACACCUGAUUUAUCAUUAUCAUGUGUUCUGGGUCUGUUUUUAGUCCAGUAGACUGAGGUGUUGCUGUUACAUUCAAGUUCACUAUGUCCAGGGGGGCACACUGUGCCACCAGUAAUGUUGAAUUGCUUUUGAGUUUUGGUACACUUUAAGAUCGUUUUGUCAGCGCAAUGAAAUCUACCUCAUAUAUUGCCCUA